AUGGUAGAGCAACUCACAUCAUUGGAAGACGUUGUGCUGCAAAAAUCUGUAGAAAAGAUAUUGGCGGAGGAUAGCAAUGCUACUACUGGGGAUUUUUUCUACCUUGGAAUUUUCAGAGUAAUCUUUUCUUUGAGUGAAAAAUCCAAUUUAUUUUACGGCUUCCUUUCAUUGGUCAAUUUCUACUGGUUGAGCUAUGGAUUUUUGGCAUUCAAAUAUUAUAGAGAGGAAUUCGAUAAAUUUAUCGCUAUGUAUCGAGGGUUUUAUAUGAAAAGCUUACUUAUGAUCAUCUAUGCAGUAUUCCUGAUUUUCAUGAUCUACAAUUCGUUUUACAUAGCUCAAUGGGUUGAGUACUAUAAAAAUAGAUGCAACGGGAGACAAGAGAGAUUUGAGAAAUUUCUGGAAGAAUAUGAAGGGGUGGUGAAUUCUACAAGUUUACGAUCAUCAUGUUCUAUGGAAGAGGCCAGUACAGAAUGGGAUGAGAUUAAAGCAUUUCAUUUGAAAAUUCAAGGACACUAUUAUCAGAACGUUCCAACUUCCGAAAAAACGCUGAGCAUCAUGUUGAAUGUGUCGGAACUUGUUCAAAGAGAUUGCCGUAAUGAAACUGCCCCGAUUUGUCGAAAUGAAAAUAGCGAGCAACAAAUAAACAAUUGGACAGUGAUUGAAAACUUGAAAGUGAUUACCUAUUUUCAGAAGAAUAUAAAAAAGUACUUCUUCAUUCAGGCAUGGAAUUCUUCUGAACUCUUGAUCAAUUGGGAUAACUUGACCAGCCCAUUCGAAAACGCAAAAACUGAAGUGUUCCACCAUCAAACGACUAAUUUUCAUGAUAUCCAGGAGGCGGCUAGAGAGCGGAUGAUGCUCUUGAAAAAUUUUUAUGGGAAAAUCGAAGCACUUUUUCAUCUCCAGUUAGUUUUAAACACCAGCGGAUUUCUUCAAGACUUUUUGAAGUCCACUGAUCACACAGUCAUUGAAGAACUUCUAGCUCUGAAUCCACAGGCAAUUUGUGAGUUUAAAAUGUUGACUAUGUGUAUUCCACAGUAUUCAAGUGGAAAGAUUAACCUUUCAGUGAGAAACAAUACACGCUCUAUAAGCCAGAUCAAUGAUUGGAAACAUAAAAUUGAGAUUAUACUAGAAAACAACACGAGUUUUUACACAUCGCCCGUUAAAGAGUUUUGUGAGAAUACCGGUCAGCUAAUCAAUGAGAACAACGGCUCGUGGAUUGAUAUGUUAAAAAAAGAGCUUCAUCAUAUUACUAGACUUUGCAAAUCGAUUGAAGGAGAGUAUUUCUUUUGUCAAUUCAAGAGAAGUGGAAACGAUUUGGAAGGGUUACUGCUGCUUCACCAGAAAUACCGUUUAGGAAUGUGGAAUGACUACGUGGCACCUAUCACUUUUCUGGAAGUUCCUAGUAUUAAUGCUCUCAUCUGCUUCUUCGCGAUGAGUACAAUGAUAAUGAUUUCGAUUUCCAUGGUGGAAACCGAAGACCCUACACCAACACCCGAAAACCGAUUCGAGUACUACAAACUGCAUACAGCGGAUUGA